UCAGCACAUUGUUCUGCAGCUCCCGGCAGCAGCCUCCCUCUGCUGCUAUUCGCUACAGACAGACUGAGAGACAAACAGGCAGGCGGACAGACAGACAGACAGACAGACAGGCUGACAGACAGACAGGCUGACAGACAGACAGGCUGUCAGGUCUCCGGUCUGAACGUCUAUCAGAGACCCGGCUGAUGGGCGGCGACUGAUGGAUCCACCGGCUGAUACAUAAACGUAGACAAAGACAGAGAGAGAGAGACAGGCGGUCGGAGACGCAGACAAGGCGGACAGAAAGACAGACAGGCGGACAGAGAGACAGACAGGCGGACAGACACUAUGACCAGGGGCUCCUCGCGACGUUGGACCCACAGGCACGAGCGGAGGUAACCCAGCGCUAAGGUGAGGCAGGUUGUGAUUGGUGGUUGCCAUGGCACCAAGACCAUCGUCAGGGGAGCUGUGGGGGCUCCAUCUGAUGCCCCCUCGUAUCCUGGUGGACUGCUGCCUUCCAAACGGUAUGAUGGUCAGUCUGGAGUGUCUCAGAGAGACUCCUCUCAUCAGUAUUAAGCAGCAGCUCUUCACUGAGGCCAGGAAGUAUCCGUUGUAUCACCUGCUGCAGGAGGAGUCAUGCUACAUCUUUGUGGGCGUGACCCAGGAAGCAGAAAGGGAGGAGUUUUACGAUGAGACGAGGCGGCUGUGUGACCUUCGACUCUUUCACCCGAUUCUGAAGGUCAUCGAGCCACUGGGCAACCGUGAGGAGAAGAUCCUGAACCGAGAGAUAGGGUUUGCCAUCGGGAUGCCCGUGUGUGAGUUUGAGAUGAUGAAGGACCCGGAGGUUCAGGACUUCAGGCGUUCCAUACUGAGCGUGUGCAGAGAGGCCAUGGAGGAGCGGGAGGGGGGAGGAGCCCACAGCCAGGCACUCUACGUUUACCCCCCCAACCUAGAGUCCAGCCCCCAGCUCCCCCAGCACAUCUACAGCAAGCUGGACAAAGGGAGGCUCAUCGUGACCAUCUGGGUGAUCGUGUCACCAUCGAACUCUAAACAGAAGUACACCCUGAAGGUCAGUCACGACAGUCUACCUGAGCAGCUGAUCGCAGAGUCCAUCAGGAAGAAAAGCCGAUCGAUGCACCUUUCACCUCAACAGCUCCGACUCUGUGUGCAGGAAUACCAGGGCCAGUACAUCCUGAAGGUGUGUGGCUGUGACGAGUACCUCUUGGAGAAGUAUCCCCUCAGUCAGUACAAGUAUAUCCGCUCCUGCAUCAUCGUGGGCCGUCUUCCUCACCUGAUGCUCGUGUCCAAAGACAGCCUGUACUCUCAGCUCCCCGCCUCAGGCUUCGUCACACCUUCAUACAGCCGUCGCACACCUCAGCCGUCUCCGUGUCCCGGAGGGGGAGACGGGUCUCCUGCUCGCUCUCUGUGGGCGUUCAACACUCUGCUGAGAGUCCGUCUGCUGUGUGCGACCUAUGUCAACGUCAACAUCCGAGACAUCGACAAGAUCUAUGUGAGAACAGGUAUUUAUCACGGUGGAGAGCCGCUCUGUGAUAACGUCAACACACAGAGAGUUCCCUGCUCCAACCCAAGGUGGAACGAGUGGUUGACCUAUGACAUCUACCUGGCUGACCUGCCUCGCUCUGCCAGGCUGUGCCUGUCUAUCUGCUCUGUGAAGGGAAGGAAAGGAGCUAAGGAGGAGCACUGUCCUCUGGCCUGGGGGAAUGUAAACCUGUUCGACUAUACAGAUGUCCUGGUGUCUGGUAAAGUGGCUCUCGGUCUUUGGCCGGUCCCUCAUGGCCUUGAGGACCUCCUGAAUCCAAUUGGAGUAGCUGGUUCCAAUCCCAACAAGGAGACUCCCUGUGUGGAGUUGGAGUUCUCCUGGUUCAAUCAGACUGUAGUGUUUCCUGAUGACCAGCAGAUAGAAGAGCACGCCAACUGGACCAUCAGCCGAGAGCUGGGCUACACCUACUGCCACGGACUGACCGGUCGUCUGGCCUGUGACAGCAGUGUUUCACCAACUGAUGGAGAGCAGCUCCGUUCUCUGUGCUCCAGAGAUCCUCUGUAUGAGCUGUCAGAGCAGGAGAAGGACUUCCUGUGGAGACACAGACAUUACUGUGUAAACAUCCCAGAGUCUCUUCCUAAACUGCUUCUGUCCGUCAAAUGGAACUCCAGAGAUGAAGUUUCACAGAUGUACUGUUUGCUGAAGGAGUGGCCUCUGAUGGAGCCCGAGUCGGCUCUCGAGUUGUUGGACUGUAACUUUCCGGAUCCGAUGGUCAGGGAGUUCGCUCUGCGCUGCCUGGUUCAGGGUCUGACAGACGACAAGCUGUCACAGUACCUGCUGCAGCUUGUACAGGUGUUAAAGUACGAGAUGUACCUGGACAAUCCUCUGGCUCGUUUCCUGAUCAAGAAAGCUCUGACCAAUCAGAGGAUAGGACACUUCUUCUUCUGGCAUCUUAAGUCGGAGAUGCAUAACAAGACUGUGUCACGGCGCUUUGGUCUGCUGCUCGAAGCUUUCUGCAGAGCCUGUGGCAUGUACCUGAAACACCUGAACAGACAGGUGGAGGCUAUGGACAAAUUGGUGAAUCUGACCGACACACUGAAACAAGAGAAAAAGGACGAGACUCAAAAAACUCAGAUGAAGUUCCUGGUUGAACACAUGUCACGUCCAGAUUACAUGGAGGCUCUGCAGGGGUUUGUGUCUCCUCUGAACCCGGUCCAUCAGCUGGGAAACCUCAGGCUGGAGGAAUGCAGGAUCAUGUCGUCAGCGAAGCGCCCCCUGUGGUUAAACUGGGAGAACCCCGACAUCAUGUCCGAGCUUUUGUUCACCAACAACGAGAUCAUCUUCAAGAACGGAGACGACCUGCGUCAGGACAUGCUGACUCUGCAGAUCAUUAAAAUCAUGGAGAACAUCUGGCAGAACCAGGGCCUGGACCUGCGCAUGCUGCCGUAUGGCUGCCUGUCCAUCGGGGACUGUGUGGGUCUGAUCGAGGUGGUGAAGAGCAGUUUCACCAUCAUGCAGAUUCAGUGUAAAGGAGGCCUGAAGGGGGCGCUGCAGUUCAACUCCAACACACUGCACCACUGGAUCAAAGACAAGAACCGCGGGGAGGCGUAUGACAGAGCCAUCGACCUGUUCACACGCUCCUGUGCAGGUUACUGCGUAGCCACGUUUAUUUUGGGGAUCGGCGAUCGUCACAACUCCAACAUCAUGCUGAAGGAGAACGGACAGCUCUUCCACAUCGACUUCGGUCACUUCCUGGAUCACAAGAAGAAGAAGUUCGGGUACAAGCGGGAGCGCGUCCCCUUCGUCCUGACGCAGGACUUCCUCAUCGUCAUCAGCAAAGGCGUCCAGGAAUCCACCAAGACCAAAGAGUUCGAGAGGUUCCAGGAGAUGUGUUAUAAAGCGUACCUGGCCAUCCGGCAGCACGCCAGCCUCUUCAUCAACCUCUUCUCUCUCCUGCUCGGCUGCGGGAUGCCCGAACUCCAGAGCUUCGACGACAUCGCCUACCUGAGGAAAACACUCGCUCUGGAGAAGACCCAGCAGGAGGCGCUGGAGUAUUUUACCAAACAGAUGAACGACGCUCAUCACGGCGGCUGGAGCACCAAGAUGGACUGGAUCUUUCACACCAUCCGACACAUGCCCAACGAGCACUGAGUGUGUGUGUGUGUGUGUGUGUGUGUGUGUGUGUGUGUGUGUGUGUGUGUGUGUGUGUGUGUGUGUGUGUUCGUGUGUGUGAUGAUGAUGGUGAUGGUGAUAAAGACGAUGAAGAUGAGGUUGUUAAUGUCUUCCAGGCGGUGCUACAGUUAGCCUGUUAGCUGCUCUAAACACAGAUGAUUUAAAUGAAAACUUUAUUAAUGUGUGGAAUAUUUGAAUCAAACUUUAUUGACAAGCAGCCGUUUGUUUACAAACUGUUUGAAAGAAGCCAGCUUUAUUGAAACCAGCAAAGUGAACACUGUGGUCUCUGUGAGAGCAAUAAAUCCUCCAAUAACUGAACGAUACUUAUGACAAUCAGGAGUUCUGACCAAUCAGGAGGCAGAGCUGAUGGGCUGUGGGCGGAGUCACUGUGCUGACAUCAGGCUGAACAAACCAAUCAGGUGUCUUUGUGAGUUAGAAAGCACAAACAGAUCAGAGUUCAGAAAAGUUUAACUUUGAAAACUGUUUUUAUUCAAGAGUUAAAAAAAAUCUUAAAAUAGUUUUUUAUGUUUUUUUAAUUUUUUGUUACUCUCACUUUAAAUAAUCUAAAAAUAACUGAUGUUUUUUUUUUUACAUGUUUUCAUUAUUUAUUUAAUACCUACCUGUCUCCCUUUAGUGUUAAACUCUUUCCCUCUUUCAAUCGUGUUAAAAUGAUAUUUUGCACUUUUUAAAUCAUUUAAACUUUAAAUCAGAACUUUGAAGAUUUGAUUGACACAUUUUGAACUGAUCAAAGUUUUAUAGAAAACAUAUCAUCGGGUUCAAUCAGGGAUCAAAGUCUUUCCUCGACAAUCUCCGGUCUCGUCCACACGUAGGCGGGUAUUUUUAAAACCUCUUUUAAUGAAAUAAGACACACUGAUGUCUAAAACAUCUUCGUCUUCAUAAAAACGCACAAACGCUGUCACGGCUGUCAUGAGCACGCCAAGUGAACAGCGUUGUCCCGGACAUGUGAAAAUGUUCUUUCAAAGCUGUUCCACCAACCCGAAGUCAGGGUCUCGUCCAAGCAGUAACCUCCAGUGUUGAAACAUGAAGCUGAUGCUGAAGUGUAAAAUCCUGCAGUACCUGGAGUGUCCACUAGAGGCUGGCUGCAGAAGCACAGGAAGUCACAUACACACCCAUUCUAAAAAGCCUGUUUUUACAGCAGAGAUUAACAUGUUUACAGCCUGGUUCAAAAAACCAAAUAGGUGUGAUUAGCUCAUGUCUCGAUGGACACACACUGUACGGGGGGUGAAUGUUUUGAUGACUCAUCAGUUUUGAUUUGAUGAAGGAUAAGAGUUAUUCACAAUAAGGCGUGUAGCUGACCUGAUUGACAGGUGGGUGCGGUGUAACGGUUUGUCAGGAGCAUUUCCAGCAUGGAGACCGCCAUCGAUGGGACUCCAGCGCCCCCUGCAGGAACAGACGGGGGACGUCACUCAGGCUUUAUCCUUUAAUAUUUACAGUCUUUAGCAUCGUUAGCACCAGCGCUAGUUUGGUUAACGUCUGCCAUCGCACUAAUCUCAUGUAAACUAAAUUGACAGCGUCGCACGAUGACGUCAAACACAGAAACACCUAAAACGCAGUUUCAGCACGAAUGGCCAAAAUACAAAAUGAGGUUUUUUUUAAAUACCCGUCUACGUGUGGACUAGGCCUCAACCAAUCAGCUGCUCGUUAGCCGUUAGCUCAAUCAGCUCGUUGUUAGCCUCUGUAGCACUGUGGGUGAUAUACCAUGCUAGGCUAGUUGUUAGGUCAGCUCUUAUUAGUUAGCUGAGCUGUUGCACUGGAACAAUGGAUUGUGGGUAGGUGUAGUAAGCGUAGUGUAGCAUUGGUAGAAGCCCCGCCCCUUCUGAUCAAUUUACUGCCAGAAAUCAGGGGCGGGACUUCUGACGGGUCAAAGGGUGAUAACACCCGUGUUUAAUGUAAAGGUUAGUUUUUUUUUCUGCACAGGUCGGAGGUCUGUUUAAGCCCCGCCCACAUAUGUCAGUAACCAUGACAACCUGUGACACAGACUAACCUCCCUGCUGAAUGCUGAUCCAACUCAUGACAGAUGACAUCAUCAACUGUUCUGGUUACCUUAGUGACCGCUGCAUUUCUUUUUUGUGUUUCCAUUUGAUUGAUGUAUGAUUGACAGCUGAUGUUUUGAUUGACAGCUGAUGUUUUGACUGACAGCUGUUGUUUUGAUUGACAGCUGAUGUUUUGAUUGACAGCUGAUAUUUUGACUGAUAGCUGUUGUUUUGAUUGACAGCUGAUGUUCUGACUGACAGCUGAUGUUUUGAUUGACAGCUGAUGUUUUGAUUGACAGCUGAUGUUUUGACUGACAGCUGAUUUUUUUGAUUGACAGCUGAUGUUUUGACUGACAGCUGAUUUUUUUUGAUUGACAGCUGAUGUUUUGACUGACAGCUGAUUUUUUUUGAUUGACAGCUGAUGUUUUGACUGACAGCUGAUGUUUUGAUUGACAGCUGAUGUUUUGACUGACAGCUGAUUUUUUUGAUUGACAGCUGAUGUUUUGACUGACAGCUGAUUUUUUUUGAUUGACAGCUGAUGUUUUGAUUGACAGCUGAUGUCGUCACUUUGUUGUUCUAAAAAAGGUUUGUUUCUGGAAAAUCACUUAAAAAAAUAUUUUCCUGUUUCCUGAUUGGUCGAAGACAGACGGCAGGCUUGUCCAAGCAGAGGGCCCAUGCAGCCCCCAUGCCCAUAUAUGGUGAUGCAAAUUUGUGUGACUUCAUAUACUGAAGUCACCUGGGGGCGGAGCCUGAUGCAUGACAUCACACUGCAGGAAACGCUUAUUGAUCUCUGUCAUUGUUUAUGUCAAAAUAAAAGCUCAACAUGUGUGUUGUGGUUGGUCAGUCAGGUGUGUGUCAGGUGGUCAGAAACAGGGGUGCACUUCCUGUUAUGUCCACUGAGUGGCGCUGUCACAAAAAAAUGUCACAUUAGCCUUUUUUAAUAAAAAAUCUUAUUCUGAAA